AAAAGAGAACGCAAACUUUUCUUCCAUGUUUGUGUUCAGACGGUGAACCAUGGCAUGUUUUAUAGGGAAGCUUAUAACCACUGUGGCAUGGUGUGUGAUUGGUUGUAUAAUUUAUAUUCUGACGCGUGGAGAUAUGUUUCAACGGAAGAUGUCCGUGGAGCUGAAUCCGGGUCUGACUCCUCCAUCCGUUCUUCCUCAAGGAGUGGCUCUGGUUCACGUGCAAGGUCUGGGAAACGGUGACUCACUUCACUUCCUUCUGUGUAACUAUGGAGCUCCGACUCUGCUGAUGGUCAACACUUACAGCACUCGGUCUACAGUACAGGUGGACUGGCCUGCGUUUAUCAACCACAGAUCACCCAGCAGCCUGAGGGUGGUUCCUCAGACCAGUGUGCGGUACAGCAGGGCAAUAGCGUUCACCAAAGUGUGGGAGUACAAUGACGUCAGUAACGUUGCUGACCCACAGAAGACGGCAAAGUCCAGCUUUUAUCCUCCAUACGAGCUGCAGAAUUUCACCUGGUCCCAACCGGAGAUCACUGUUAACCAGUCGGAGCACAUAGUAACACUGUGUGGUAGAGAUACGACGGAGAGUUUCCUCAACGGCUCCCUCUGUCUGCAGUUGUCACUGUUUGAUUCAGUGGGUCGUGAUGAAGUCAUGCCGAAUCUCCGUCAUAACGCAAACUCCUCUCAGCUGCGCGUGUGGCUGGACGGCGUGACGCCGCGAGGAACCAGCUCCAGAUUCGCUCUAGAGUUCCAGUCUGUUGGAGAUUCUGGAUUCCGGGAAAGAGUCUAUUCCCAGAGCUUUAUAGACGAUGAGUACCAACCCUUUUUUUUCCAGAUGUCUCAAUGGGUGUCGUCUCCGGUGAACGGUGACAGUGUGUGGGGUUAUAAUCAGUGGAAACCUGUGGCGUAUCGUGGGGCAAAGCCGACGUCUGAAGACGCUGCGCCCUGUAAACACUCAGAGCUGGUGCUCGUGGACCAGAUCCCUCCGUCCGCUCUCGUUCAGGCGUACUUCACAAAGGAUCCUCAGACAUAUGGGCUGAACAUCAGCUUCGGUGCUGCUGGAGACGCGACUUUUUACAAAGCCACCAAAUACAUCAGCUGGACUGUUUUAAUGGGCUUGGGCAACCCUCUGGGAAAUUCAUUCUACACACUACGCAUUGCCUUCAUACCCGCUGGGAUUGUUAUACUGGUGAUCUUUUUCGUGGUUCAGGAGUGUGUUUGUAACAAGAGGACAUCGGGCUACCUGCGAAUCAACUGAGACAUUAUGGUCCAAUCCCCGCCCUCAUGCACUCAUACACCAAUCAGUGAUGAGGACCAUUAAAAGCACUACUGAUGACUGGAUGAGGGAGAUGGAAUUUACAAUUGACACACAUUCCUCUCUGGAUGGGACUCUUUUUUUGAUAUAAAUGUGAUUAUUUUUGUCUACACCUCUAAUCAUUGGGCAGUUCGUUAUAGAUUAAAUUUACAAGUGCAAAUAAUUUGUUCAUUUUUAAUGCACGUGUCAUUUGUCUCAUAAUCCAGCUGGUAAAACCAAUUAAAUUUGCCAGAAUGAUAACAACUGCACACAUUUUAAAGACUUUAAAACAUUUUCACUGUAAUCCUGAGAUGUGUUCAUAUGUUUUUAGAUGUUUGAAUUCAGAAAGACAUGGAUCCUGAACAAUGCAUUCCACAGAGCCCCUAAGUUGACAUGUUUACUCUUAAAAGGUUCAGGGCACCAACCGCUGUCGCACCUUGUUUGACAAAGUGUCACGUCUGCACUGAGCAUUAAUACAUCAUGUAGCUGUCAUGUCUUCAGUCUGAUUCAGUUGUUUUUGUUUUUGUCUGUCAAACUGUUUGCCAUGUGCUCGUGUUUCCCCCGCCCCAUUGUCAUCUGAUUAACCUCUUUAGCUGCCUUCUCACCUGUGGCUCAUUAAGCACCUUAAUUGCCCCUCUACUUAAGUUCCCUUCGUUUGCAGUCUUGUGUCUGACCGUUGUAGUGUGAAGACGCUGCUCUGGUAGCCAGUCCUGUAAUGUCUUGUCCUGUCAUGCCUUGUCUGUGUAGGCUCCAAGAUUAGCUAUUAUUUUUUAGUGUUACUCCGUGCUCGCUCUGCCUUGUGUUUUCCCAGAUCUCUGCUCCCCUGUUCCAGUCCUGGUUCCUCUGGUACUGUGUUUGGCAGCUCAUCCUCACCUGCCCCCUUUUUUGGAUCUUAAGCUGGGAUCAAUCAGCAGGACUGUGGUAGAGACUUUUUUGAGAGGAUUCCUCAUGCCAGACGCUCUCUGCCUAGUGGAGUGACUGGGGACUUGUUUUUGACCUUUUGUUUUUUAUUAUCUGAUGUUAAGUCUUCUGUUCCUCUGCCUCAGUCAAGUUCUGUUUGAAGACGAUAAAUAAAUUUAAGUUCAACACCUG